AUGGAGGGGGACCUCUACGGAGAGUCUGCAGUGACGCAGACGGGGCCCUUGAACUCGUGGCUCUACUCUGCUGCUGCUGCUGCUGACGACACCAACAGCAGCAGCAGCAGCAGCAGCAGCAGCUACUCAGAUGAGACCACAGCGUACCCAAUAAACCCUCGCCACCGGAGCCCGUCUCCGGGGCCCCCCCGGCGGCACGGGAAGAGAGCAGCAGCAGCAGCAGCAGCAGGAGCAGCAGCAGCAGCAGCAGGAUCUAAAAAGGAGACCCGGCGGCCCGUGGUCAACAUGCUGCUGCCAGCUGUGGGGUUCGUGCUGCUGGUGCAGGUGCUGCUGAACACGGCUACAAACAGCCUUUUCGCGCCCAAGCAGCAGCAGCAGCAGCAGCAGCAGCAGCAGCAGCAGCAGCUCGAGUCCCCGGAUGCGCAGAAGCAGCAGCAACUGCAGCAGCUCCAGCUCGACCUUCCUGACCUGCAGCAGCAGGAACAGCAGCUGCAGCAACCGCUACGGCUCGAUCUUCCGGAUGACCAGCAGCAGCAGCAGCAGCUGCAGCAGCAGCAGCAGCUGCAGCAGCAGCAGCAGCUGCAGCAGCAGCAGCAGCAGGAAGACUCGGAACUUUUUUAUCGUUUUUUGACGCAGCAGCUACAAAAUGAUUCCUUAGAUUGGGAACGCGCAUGCAACGCAGCUUUUAAUGCCUUGUCUUUAUUUCCGGGGGGCCCCCCUGGGUCCAGCAGGGGCCCCCUGGAGGCCCCGCAGCAGCAGCAGCAGCAGCAGCAGCAGCCGUCAAAUGAGGUGCUGCUGCAGGUGCGAGCAGCAGCGGACAAAAUGAGGAAAGCAGCAAGAGGACUAAAGACGCUCAAAAGACUCUGCGAAGACAGAGCUGGCUCAGCAGCAGCAGCAGAAGCAGCAGCAGAAGCAGCAGCAGAAGCAGCAGCAGCAGAAAAAGCAGCAGAGAAAGCAGCAGCAGAGGUGGAAAGGGUGCGGGAGACGGAGCAGCAGCAGCUGCUGCUGCUGUAUCUCGACAGAAUAGCAGCAGCACAGGCCUCGCUGAUUUCCUUCGUGGAGGGCUCUUUGCCGCAGCACCUGCGCAGCAGCAGCAGCAGCAGCAGCAGCAGCAAGCGGAGGGGGUCCCUAACAACACGGGGCCCCGGUAACCUGAGCGCAGCAGCUUACAAGGCAGCAGCGCAGCAAGUGGGGGAGCUGCAGCAGCAGCUAGCAGCAGCUUUUUCCCAUUUGUUUACUCUAGAAAAUAAACUUGACCAUUAUGUGCUGCAGCUGCAGCAAAGAAGGGCCGGGGGGCCCCCCUUGGGGGGCCCCCUGGCCAAGCCAGCAGCAAGCAGGGGCCCCUUCAGGCACAGGCAUGACCACCGGCAGCAGCAGCAGCAGCAGCAGCAGCAACGGCUGCUGCAGCAGCAGCUGCAGCUGCAGCUGCCGGGCUGGCAGCCCUGA